AUGGAGUCGCUCAAGGAACAGGAUGUGGAGGCCGAACUGACUGCUCGCCGUGCGCGCCUCCAACGCCUCGAGCUGGAAGUCGCUGAAGAGCGCGCCGCCAUAGCACUACUUGAACAGACACAGACCCGUACAUUGCCCAAUCUUCUCGACACUCUCCCCCAGGAAUUGCGCGAUGAGAUCUGGGGCUACUGCGUCGCCCCCGGCAAGGUGUUUCUCAGUAAGAAUCGAAUCGCGUGCGAUGUACGCUUUGACGACUUCGACGAAUACGAAAAGCCACACUGGCAGCUGCUCGCCGUUAGUAAGGUUAUCCGACACGAGGCCGCCAAAGUCAUGUUCGAACAGAAUCAGUUCAUUUGGCCGCACAUGAUUUCAGGCUUUGGAAUGCUCAUCAAGGGGAUUCCGAGCCGGCUCCUUUCCACUCCGAACGACAUAGAUCUCAACGUCUUCGCGCAAAGAUAUCUUCGAUCCGUCAGUAUGACAUUCGACCUCCGUUCUCACAAUCGAAAUAAUCCUCUUAUGGAUGUGGCUUACAUGCGCGUGGAUGCGAGCAAAUACAUUGCGCCAUGGUCUGGCUUGGACAUCAAUGUACGCCGAUCGUCCGCACAUGAUCAUCUGCGAGUCGUUGCGUAUGGGGAAGUGCAAAACCUACUGGACGCUGUGUUGGACUGCAAGGCUUUGACCAGUCUUGAGUUGGAUUUCACCAACUGUUAUUGUCCAAUGGGGUGUUGUCGGACAAUGUACUCGGUAAUGGACAUGUUUAUUGACGGAAAGUGGCCUUGGCCUGCAUACGUCAGAGUGCUGGGAUCGAAGAAUCAGCGGGAGAGGAGCGCCGUCGUGGAAUCAAUCGGUUGCCUACCUGGAAGACCAGGGCAGACUACGGUUGUUUUCGAGAAGUUCGUGGUCGGCCGAGAGAUGCAGGAUCCCUUCUACGGUGUUUCGCCCUUUUGGAGCCAUCUGACUGAGGAAGAUCUAAAUGUGGAGCUUGGUAGGCAAGAGAUGAAGGUGGAGAGAGUAUGGGAGCCGGACGAGGAUGAGGAGUGA